AUGACAUUGCUGAAGCGAGGAAGACAAAGAGGAUCUCGGAUAAAAGACCUGAAGGCGGAGAGGGAAAGGCCUUUGAGGUUGUGGGUCGCCGGUGCUUGUACAAGAGGAAGAGGAAGAGGAAGAACUCAAGCUCGAGCUAGAAAAAGAAGAAGAACAAGUUUAAGAAGUAGGAGCUUAAAAGAAGGGGUGCGGGGUGCUAUUGAUUCUUCUUUUAAUCUCGUCGUCAGUAUUAAAACUCGAUUUAUAAAAGGGAGUGAGUAUGUAAGUAUAAAAUGCGGGAAACGCAAUAAGCGUAACGCAAUAAAAUUGCACCGAGUCUUUUCCGUUAUCCGUGGACUUUUCCGAGCUAUAUCUUCCCAGUAA